AUGACCUCCGGCCUUGCCGCCAGCCAGACACAGGACACCAUCAGCAGAACUUCACUGCUCGGCCUUCCCGCCGAACUCAUCCAGCACGUCCUUUCUUUCCUCGGCCCCUUUGACCUCGCCAACGUCGCACAGACAUGCACCACUCUCCUGGGCCCGGCUUAUGAUGAUCAAAUCUGGCAGCCACGGGUGAAUAGCAACCUCGCCAAACCAAUCUCCACUCCCGGGCCUGCGGGCUCUUUCCGCGACUUGUAUAUCGCCCAUCACCCGCACUGGUUCUUGACCAAGAGUCGCUUCUGGUUUGGAGACUCAGAACCCAGUGGCAAACUCCUCUUGACACGCUACGAUCAACAGCGAGGAUGCAUAGAGGCAUACACCGUCGUGGCCCAACGCGGGACCCAUAGACUUACUUUCUGGGAGAAGGAUCGAGAAGUCAUCAUCCACAGCUUCGACCCGAAAGUAUCUCUGGAUCUCCAUCAACCCGUCAUCAGACUCAAUGUCGACAGUCCGAAGGCCAAGGAUCCUCCAAAUGACUACCCUAGCGAUCGGAGCUACGGUCCAGAGUCCCUCUACAGCCGAGAGACUUUGAUGCAGACAUUUGUGGAGUCGGGUCUGUACAGCUCCUUGAUGCUGUGUCGAAAUCUGCCUGAGAGUGCAGUUUCCGCAGGCUCAUACGUCUGGCCACCACUCCGCUUCCCUGCUUCUGGCCGAACCCGGAAUGUGAGCGGCGACGGCUAUACAUCCUCUGGCCAUCGACCCUCGCGAUAUUCCGAAGUCAGUCAGAACAGUUUCCGUCUUCGCAAAUGGGUCGAAUACACUGGCCGGCGCUCUCGACCCAACGUCAUCACCUUCAGCAAUUCUGGCGGCGGACUCUCCAUGGACAUGCCGCCUCACUUUUCCUACUCAAAUCCGACGGGCGCGGGAGGGGUCCUCUAUCAUAUCCCAGAGAGCAUCUCCACCUACGCCACUCUCCCGGAAUCUGUCUACACGCCCACACCUGCAAAACCUUGGCAAGGCAUCUGGUGCGGUGAUUACAGUGGCCAUGGCUGUGAGUUCCUCGUCGUCACCCAGCCUGACCCCGGUGCGGAGAAUCCUCUCCCGCGAGGCAUGGAUUGGCUGAGGCAGUGGUUCCGGAGCGGCAGGCGAGAAAGUGGUAGCAGCACAGCAAGCUUCGUCAGCGCUGUAGAACAUCAAGUGGAAAGCGCCGAAGAGGAAGCGGGCGUGACAUAUCCAGGCAGACAUGCCGAUCUUCCCAAGGACGAACCCAUGGCACAGGGCCACGAUGAGGUCCCCACUGGCCGUCUCGAAGCUAUCAAGUUGACGGGUGACAUCAAUGUCCCUCGCGGCGAAUACACCUUUAUAGCGCCAGACAUCGGUCCAGGAGGAUUCAUGCGUGUCGCAGACGAGGACACAUUCCGAGGAGCGCGCAUCGUGCGCAGUGCUGGACAUAUCGCCAGCAGAGGGUUCAGAGCUGGUGAGUCGCCUGCGAGAACGUGCCUUUGUGUUACAACUUUUUGCGGCUACUAACGAGAGUGCAUAGAUCAAUACACGCCUUCGCAGCUGAUCAUGAUCUCUCACGACCGCCUCGCGCAGUUCUGGGAAGGCUUCGGCCACAUCUCGUAUUACCAGCGUGUGGAUCUCGACAAGCUGAUGGAGUACCAUCCGUAA